AUGUCAGACUCGCUGCUCAACCACUCCUGGCCAUCGUUCUCCAAGCGCUGGAAGAAGAGAUGGUCCUUUAAGCGAGGGUCUGACUGCAAGCCGUGCUUACGGGAAUUCACUGACCACCACAGCCCUGCCUUGGAGUAUCCCACCCCCAAAAGCUUCCUCCCAUCCCUGAUCGCUGAGGAUGAUUCCUUCUGCACCAGCAUGGCUGAAGAGAAGGAGGACUCGUCUUCCGCAGAGCUGGAUGUGCCAGCAGCAGACUUGCACAGCAGCACGGAGGAUCUCCUCUCAGACUCUGCUCUCCACGGCACAGAAUAUUACAAAGAUCUGGGACUCCUGAGCCUGCCGUCUGCCAAAACAGCACCAGACAUGGCAGCACAGCCAGAACAAGGAUCCCAGACUGCGUCUGCCCUUCGCUCAUUGGAAGAGAGACCAAGGGCUCUGAGCAAACUGUCUGUGGAUGUUGCUUUUUCCAAUCCCGUUUCCUGCUCGGUACAUUACGGCCAGGCUGACUGUCGUUCUCUGAACAAAGGCCACCUGUGCUCCGGUGCAGCUGUGCCAGAUGAUGGUACCAGCACUUCUGAGCAUCCUGCAGAGGCAGACAACGAGCUGGACCUGCAGGAGGCCCAGGAUUCCUUCCCCACACUGGUGAGAUCUAUGUCCACGUCCCGGAGGCACAGCUGGGAGAGCCCUCUGUCACCCGUGGAGUGCAGGCGCAGGUUCAGCCUGGAUGUCACAGAGCUGGGCAGUGACCCAGAGCAGGAUGAUGUGGAGAAGAGGAGCCAGUCCUGCCUCCAGCCUCACGUGUCCCUUCAGCUGCCCAAAGGGGAGCAGGGAGCCUGGAGCAGCAGCCGGUGUGGCACAGUGAUCAAAGUGGAGAUAGAGCCACUGCACCCAGACCUUGUGGCCAGCCCCAGCUUGCAGGAGGUGAAAUGUGUCAGCAACAGGAAGAGACUGAGGUCCAAGUCUGUCCCAACAGCCUGCGAGACCAUUUCCUCCCCCCAGAUACCUCACAGUUUCAACACUUCUCUUCCAGCUGUGGAAGGUGUUGAACCCCCUGCUCUGGAGAUGCUGGAGAAGGACCAUGUGUCCCCAGACCAUGUGUUAAUUGUCCAGAAGGUACUUCAGGAGCUGAAACAUUACCAUGGGGUGAAGCAGAGAGCUUGUGUGCAAGAAGGCAACGAUUCUUCCCAGCAGAAUCUCACUUGGUUUGAGUUCCUGUCUAAUGAAAAUGAGGACAGUGGGAAGAGCGAUAAAGCAGAGAAAGGCACAAAGGUGAUGCGACGCCUGAGUUCCCUGCGGAGCCGAGUCACUGGAUCCUGGAAGGAUAAGGGUAAGAACAAAGAGCAAGUCAAGGAGAGAGAGAAGGAGAAAGAGACAAAGGAGACAAAAGAGAGGUGUAAAGAUAUCAAUGGGCACCAGCUCGUGCCAGGAGUUUUCUCCAGUUGCACCAGCUGCUCACUGUGUGCCAAACCUCUUGGGAAUAAAAGCGGUCUGCAGUGCCUGAAUUGUGCAGUGAAUGUCCACAAGAACUGCAAGAGUUUGCUGACUGAAUGCAGCAGCAUCAGACCCAAGCAGAAAGAUUUGCAGUACAGACCUUCUGGAUCUCCACAAAGUUCGCCCCAGUGCAUUUCCCCAGCCACUUCUCUGAAGGAGCAGCCCCGAAGCCUUCUCCUGGGAGCGGAUGGCACCCCAGCACUGUCCCGCAACCUCGGGAUGACUAUCGCCCAAAGAGGACAUUCCCAGCCUUCCCUCAACGCUGCUGGAGCUGUUAAUAAAUUUGGGCUAAUUUCAGGAGACAUGGAUGAAGGGGAUUCAGGCUUUAUAAAAUUUAAGCAGACUUCAGAUGACGUUGUCUCGCUUGCACCUUCAACAGCAGACUCCAUUUUUCUGGAAGAUGCAUAUUCUGUGUCCCUCCGGAGUGAAAUAGAAACAGAUGCUCAUGAGUUUGAGGCAGAGUCUUGGAGUGUUGCAGUGGAGCAGCCUUAUGCAAAGAGGCAAAGGAAAGACGUUAUAAAAAGGCAAGAUGUCAUUUAUGAACUAAUGCAGACUGAAAUGCACCAUGUUAGGACACUGAAAAUAAUGCUGAAGGUGUACUCCAAAGCCAUGAGAGAGGAGCUGCAGUUCUCAAAUGCAGUCAUCAACAAGCUCUUUCCCUGUGUGGAUGAGCUGCUGGAGAUGCAUGGGCAAUUCCUGCUCCAGCUGAAGGAGAGACGGAAGGAAUCCUUGGAAGAAGGCAGUGACCGAAAUUAUAUAAUCCAGAACAUUGGAGACCUCUUGGUAAAACAGUUUUCAGGUGAAAAUGGGGAGAGAAUGAAAGAAAAAUAUGGUGUGUUCUGUUGUGGACACAAUGAAGCUGUUGGCCAUUACAAAGACCUGCUGCAAAGCAAUAAGAAGUUCCAAAACUUAAUAAAGAAAAUUGGGAACUGUUCCAUCGUGAGGAGGUUGGGUGUUCAGGAGUGCAUCCUCCUGGUCACCCAGCGCAUCACCAAGUACCCGGUGCUGCUGGAGCGCAUCAUUCAGAACACUGAAGCUGGAACUAGAGAUUAUGAAGAGCUGACCCAGGCCCUUGGUUUAAUUAAGGACACCAUCAGCCAUGUAGAUGCCAUGGUAAAUGAGUGUGAGAAGGGACAGCGACUCAAGGAGAUCAUGCACAAAAUGGAGCUGAAAUCAUCAGGGAAAUGCAAGAAUGGGCUUUUGUUCCGGAAGGAUGACAUGGGCCAGAGGCGGCUUCUCCUGGAUGGGAUGCUGUACUGGAAAGCUGCAUCAGGGAGACUCAAAGAUAUUCUGGCAGUCCUGCUCACUGAUGUACUGUUGCUCUUACAAGAAAAGGACCAAAAAUACACGUUUGCAUCUGUGGACUCUAAGCCACCAGUUAUCUCACUGCAAAAAUUGAUUGUGAGAGAGGUAGCUAAUGAGGAAAAGGCAAUGUUCUUAAUUAGUGCUUCCUUAAAAGGACCAGAAAUGUAUGAAAUUCACACCAGCUCCAAAGAGGAGAGGAAUUCCUGGAUGGCACACAUCCGCAGGGCUGUGGAGAGCUGUCCUGAUGAAGAAGGAGGAACAUUUAAUGAACCUGAAGCAGAGAGGAGGCAGGCUGAAGCAAGAGCUGCAAAGUUAAAGGAUUUUCAAGAGCGUUUGAACAUGAAAGAUGACCUGAUUCUGCAGAGUCUCACUGAGAAGCAACAGAUUUAUCUGGAAAUGUCUGAGGUGAUUGGCUUUGAAGACCAUUCCCAAGGAUCCCGGGCCAGGCUGCUUCUUCGGGGGGAUAUCUCAGAGAAUCUGCAAGGAGAGGCCAUUCUGAAGUCUGCAGUGACUGAAGCUGAAAAUCUCCAGGACUUUAUCUUCACUCACUUUGGCAGUGCAUCCUGUCAGCCUGAGGAUGGCUCAGGACUGCCCCGGAGAGCAGAGACCUUUGGAGGAUAUGACAGUAGUCCCUCCGUUUCAAAUAAAAGUGGCAGGAAGAACAGUGGUGGUGACCAGAGGCAGUGGGACUGGAGAGGCACUGCACUGAGUUCAGAUGUGCAGCUCCAUGAGCUCUCUUCUGAUGCAGAAGAAGGAUCUCAAACUAGUGAUGGGACGAGGCUGGAUGACAGCAGUGGUUUUCAGCCCACCAUAGAGUCUCAGCUUGUCCAAAGGAUACAGACGCUGUUACAGUUGCUCUUCAGUCUUCAGGCUGUGAUAUCUCAGCAGGACAGCUGCAUUGAGGUGCAGCGAGCCACCAUGGCAGACCGGGAGAAGCAGUACCGGCUGCAGUCCACCCGAGGGAACCUGCUGCUGGAGCAGGAGAAGCAGAGGAACUUCGAGAAGCAGAGGGAAGAACUGAUGAACUUGCAGAAGCUCCAGAGCCAGCUGAAGCUGGAGCAGCAGCGCCUGGAGCGGGAGCGCAGCCGGCAGCAGAGGGAGUUUGAGCUGACGGAAGCGCGGCAGCAGGAGCGCGCGGAGGAUCUGCGGCAGCUGCAGGAGAGGCUGAGCCAGGACAGGGAAGAGCUGGAGAGGCAGAGGGAGGCCUAUCAGCACGACCUGGAGAGGCUGCGGGAGGCCCAGAGAGCUGUCGAGAAGGAGAGGGAGCGCCUGGACCAGCUAAAGAAGCUGAAGAAGCAGAACACGGUGUCAGGCACCUUCUCCCCAGAAAUGGGCCAGAGCCAGAUGAUCAGCCAUUCCAUCAGCUUCAAUGGAGAAGGGGUGGAACCCUCAGCAGCUGGCUCCAAAUCCUCAGUGAGAGUGAGCUCGGUGGCCGGGCUGGAGUUCCUGGAGCGGCCGGAGCUGGUGCGCAGGGACAGCACCAGCCUGGAGAGCCGCGCCUCCCUCAAGAACGAAGUGCCAAUACAUCUCCUGAGUGCAACCAACCAGAUCCAGAAACCUGCUGCAGUCCAGCAGCAGAUCCCCACCAAGCUGGCCACCUUCACAAAAGGAAGCAAGGAGAAAGGUGGAAAGAACAAAGCAUCUCAUAGGACAGACAGUUCAGCCUCUGUUGAUCAGAAGCAGCUGCUUCCCUCCAGGCUGGUUGGGCGAGAGGAGGCUGUGCUGAGAGGCCGGCGCUCAGCGAGCCCGUCCCUCCCGAGCAGCCAGAGCACUGCCUUCCAGCCAGAACUGUAUGGCCCUACAGAUGCUCAGCCAGAAGCACUUUCAUCUGCCUCAGCGACUCUCUUCAAGCCCAAUAACGUUCAGGUUCAGCCCCUGGUGCCCUCUCAGCCCAGCCUGUUGAAUGUGCAAGAUGAUACCAGCAAAGAAGAUGUCAUUUUCUUCUAAUUGUUUCCAUUUGAAGAUGAAUCACCUGACACACUGUUUCAAGAACUCAGGCCCCAGUGUGCACCGUGAUGGAGACCCGACAUGGAUGUCUUCUGAUCCCUUCCCAGUUACUACAAGCAAGGACCAAACCAGGAUUCCUGUCCUGCUUUGUUGGCUUUACUGCCAGCAGCUCAGAAUGAGGGCACAGUAGUAACAAUUUGCUUUUAAAUUCUCCAGUGUGUUGACACAAGGCAUGGCUAUAUCAAUUCAGAGCAUGUUAAAAUUCUGACAUUUAUUGUAAUGUGCUCUUUUUGGAGAAUGUAACUGUUCAUGGGCACCAUCUUGUAAAUUGUUAUCGGUGAUGUUGAACCAUCCUGAUUUUUAUGUAAAAAGUUUUAGUAGUAGGCCCCAAAAUGGCUGCAAAUUUUUAAAUCUGUUUUCCCAGGUCCAGGUCAGUAAUGGGUUGUGUGUUGGUAACCAGGUGACAGCAAGCCAGUCCCCUCCCAGCCAGGUGUGCCAGGCACUGUGAACCCAGUGGCACAAGCCCCGUGGCCAGGUACAGUGGAAGAGAAGGUAAGGUGAGCUUCUGACAGCAUCUUCAAGGGGCAGGAGCUCCACCUGUUUGUGUUUGGACUUGUGAGAAUUCACAGUAAUGAUGAAGAGUUGGACUGAAUGCACAUUUCAUUGGCCACCAGCGUCACUGGGAUCCUGUGUCCCUGUUGGGGACAGCAGGACAGGUUCCCAGGCAAACUCCUGGGUUGGUUCAGAAUGAACUUAGAGACUUGGAUUUUGUUCUUUGCUGAAGACAUGUCUAAGAAGUGUUCAAAUGCAGUAAUUUAUUGUCUUGUUUAAUCCUGUUUUCUGCAUCCUUUGUUUGUCUGUUAAUUUGUUGGGACUUUACUCCCAGUACCAGAAGAUAUCAAAGCUGCUGUUACUGCAGAGACUGCUCUGCAGCAUCAUGUUAGGAAUG